AUGGCAAUGCAGGACUAUGAGAAUGCGAAUGCGGUGGAAGACAAAAAAAUUAUGGAGAGAAGGGAGCAACUUCCCAGGUGGGGAAAACCAGCUAGAGGAUGGAUGAAAGUGAAUGUAGAUUCAGCUCUCAACAAGAAAGAAGGCAAAAUGGGCUUUGGGUUAGUCAUGCGUGACCAUGAAGGUAGAGUUAUAGUGGCUAAAAGUAUUGUGCGGUUGGGAAAGUGGGACUCAGCAGCUGCGGAGGCGUUAGCAGCAUAUUUUGGUGUCAUAUCUGGUCAUGAACAGGGAGUGCAGCAACUAAUUCUAGAAGGAGAUGCCAAGCAAAUUACCGAAGCCAUUAAAGACGAAGGCCAAAAUCUUAGUCUGUUAGGCCAGUUGAUUAAGGAUGUCAGGUUUGGGCUAAAUGCUAUUCCUAUGUGGAAUGUAGAGCAUGUACAUCGCGAGGCGAAUAAGGCGGCUCAUAGACUAGCUAAAUUGGCUCUCACAUAA